AUGGGGCAGAUACCUAUCUUGUCUCCAUCUCUCUCUGUCUCCCUUCUCUUUCCCUCGGCAUCCAGCGGCCUCUGAAGCUACAGCCUUCGGUACAUUCUACUGAGAAAGAGUCUGGAGCUGCAAUUUCCAAAUUGUCUACGCUUUGAGGAGGAAAGAUCUGCCCAGGCUACAGGGGAGUUUGAGGUGUUUGUGGAUGGAAAACUGGUCCAUUCAAAGAAGAAAGGCGAUGGCUUUGUGGAUGAGGCCAGGCUGCAGAAGAUUGUGAGCAUUAUCGAUGAGGAAAUUAGGAAAAGGUAGCAGGCAACCGGCCAAAGUUGUAAAGCUGUGCCACCCAAUAACAGCCUACGGCUUUUCAACUUACGGAGCCUCAGCAGGAUGCCGAGAAGGGCUGAAAUGUUGCCAAGUCAGGUCCUUUUCUGAUGGUAGCUGGGGCUGGGGCGAGUCAGGGAGGGGUGAAAAUGGAAAUAAAUACAAUCUGUCUCUCUG